UCACUCUCACCAUUCACAAUUUAUUCUUGUAUUAGAUUCUCUUCCCUUAAAUCCGGUUAGGUCCACUUUCCUCUCAUUAUAUUCCUCGGGAAGCGCCUCCAGCUUCUUUGAGGACUGUCUUGUGCUUCGUGAGUAUGACUACCUCAAGCAAUGGUUUCUCCCAGAGAGAAGGAAAGCUGGUGGUUACAGCACUGGCGCUGGCUGUGAUGUUUCUAAUGUGUGGUUCAGUGGAAGCCUCUAGGCUCUUGGGAUCUCUUGCUUCAGCUGCUGCCAAUAUUUCUUCGACACCUCCACCUCCGGAUUCCAACACGUCAAAGGUUCCCAUUGAAGGUAGAUUGUUGGGUGGUGAGCACAUUGCCGAUCCCAAGUACUCUUCGCAGCAGCAUAGAUCUGAAAGAAAUCGGGUCUUGACAGAGACCGAUUCAUCACUAGAAAAAUGUGCCAAUCAGUUUACUGGCGCGCCUGCGUCUAGUAUACCAUAUGCCUCUUACAGUGGAUACCUUUCUCCAGCUGGUGCUCCGCAUGCAAACCGUGAGUCGGACGUGCUGACUCUUGCGCCAGCACCCUCGGUUGCCCCUGACGCUGAUGAUCUCUACAGCUACCAGCCAACACCGCAACCGGAAUCCGGUGAUGACAGCUUUAUGGUGCACAGCACCACUGUGAGUGCCAUGCAGAGCAACCAGUGCACGUACACGAUCAUAACGAGCACGGGGGACAUCGAAGGAGCCGGCACGCAAGCGGACGUGAAUGUAGAAUUCUUCGACAGGUUCGGCGCUUCUGUUCUCUUCGUUGGCCUCAAGAGUCAGAACCGCAACUUCAACCGCGGAGCCACCGACACGUUCACUGUCCUCGGAGACUGCCUCCAAAACAUAUGCCGCAUGCGUCUAUCCCACGAUGACGCUGGCCACAAUCCUAGCUGGUUCGUAAACACCGUCACCAUCUCCGUCCAGUACCAGACUCGUGUGUUCAAUGUGUACGAGUGGCUGGCCAAGGAUGAGCCUCCUCGCUCACUCUCUCGCACCAUCAACUCAUGUCCAGCUUGAGAUUAGUGCUGCAAACAUGUUGCAACACCUUCCGAGGUGAUCUCCCAGACCAUGCAUUGUGCUUCAUCUAACUUCCUAGAGCUGCAACAACAGCUGGUCUGCGUGGUUACAUUUUGCACUCUGUGGAAGACAAGCUGCCUAGUUCCAUUUUGUCACUAAAGUUCUGUGUAAUAAAGACGAGACUUUCGGGUCCAAUUCUGGCCACUUCGUU